UAUGGAAGGAGAAAAAAAGACAACACGAGAAAAAUUAGUAUUUUCUACCUUCAGAAAUUAAUGGCCAUGAGUUCGUAUAUGGUGAACUCUAAGUAUGUGGACCCCAAAUUUCCUCCUUGUGAGGAAUAUUUGCAGAAUAGCUACCUAGCCGAGCAGAGCUCAGACUAUUAUAGUGGCUCUCAGGGUUCGGAUUUCCAGCAUCAGGGAGUCUACCCACGGUCAAACUACAGCGAGCAGCCCUUCAGCUGUAGCAAUGCCCAAGGCUCUACGGUGCCUCCGCGGGGUCAUGGACAGGAGCCAUCGGGCCCGGCGAGCCACUACCCUGGCCAAGGGGAGCAUUGUCCCCCGCCUCCAAUUCCCAGUUCCCGGGCCUGCAGCCAGCCGGCCAGCCUCAAGCAACCUCCCAACGGGACGGCCCUCAAACAGCCCGCUGUGGUGUACCCCUGGAUGAAGAAAGUGCAUGUAAAUUCCGUGAAUCCAAAUUACACCGGAGGGGAGCCCAAGCGGUCCAGAACAGCCUACACAAGGCAGCAAGUCCUAGAACUGGAAAAGGAAUUCCAUUUUAACAGGUAUCUGACGAGGCGUCGUCGGAUCGAAAUAGCCCACACUCUCUGUCUCUCUGAACGCCAGAUCAAGAUCUGGUUUCAGAACCGUAGGAUGAAAUGGAAAAAAGACCACAAGCUGCCCAACACGAAGGGCAGGUCUUCCUCGGCCGCCUCGAACCAGCAUUUACAGCCUGUGUCCAAGGACCAUCACACUGACUUGACGACUUUAUAGAGGAGGUGAAAUCUCCCCCCCCCCCACCCCAUCCAAUCUCCCCAAUCCCUCCCCCCAAUUUCAUCCUUUGCUUCUGAACUGUGCUGUGUGUAGAACUGACAUGAUCCAAACACAACCUGCAUGGAGCAGGCAAAGCCUCCCCAGGCUGUCAGCUUGCUUUAAGGUGCUGUGCUGUACAAAGCGGACUCGCUGAGGGUACUACAGACUUUCUUGGCAUUCUUCAUACUAGCACAACCCCCAAGCUCUCCAGGCAGGAAGUGGAAAGUUUAGGGAAAAUUAUAGAGAGAGAUAUAUAAUUAUAUAUGUGUGUGUAUGUAUAUAUAAUUAUAUAUCGAAGGCGCUACUGAGUCUAUAAAUAAUCUGACGAGUCAUUAAACACAAAUGGAAAUUGCAUCUUUUCGGUUUUCAAUUUUAAAGUGAAGUUUUGAUUCUAUGCCAGUAUCAGUCUUGAUGUUCUGUCUACCCUCAUCCCCCACCUUUUGCAGUUUCGGGCUUAUGGAAUGUAGGAGAGUUCAGGGCAGAGGGCUUUUAGCUGGUUACAGGAUUUGUGAACUUCCUGGGUCUUCUAUCUUGUGGCUGAUUGUGAUUUAAAGCCUCUGCUCACAUUCAGAAACCCCCAAAGAAAUACCUAGGAAAGAAGUGGAAACGGGUUAUUUUAUUUUCAGAUUAUGUUUACAUAUUUAUUUAUUUGUCGAUUAGAGGAGCACACACAUUACAACGCGGUUAAGCCAAAAAUCCUAAGCAGAAGAGCUGAAGCUCAAGGCUCCUUCUUAUGGAAAAUCAUAGAGAAUAUGUACGGCUUAGAUUUCUCACUUUGCCAGGCAUUUAGGACUCUCUCCCUCCUCCACUCCCAGUAUGGGAGAACUGCCCCAACCCUUUUAUAAAGAGAGAGAGAGAGAAAAAACAUAUCGACCCAAAGUCAAUUUCUUUAAAAUGUGUUUAGGCUGCACAACUGGUUCUUCGCUCUGCUCACAACCACUUCUGUGGGAUUUUUUAAAAAGGGAACAAAUGGUCAAACAUUUUCAUUGUGGGGAAACCAAACAAAACAGCCCCGGUCUUCCGUGCCAUUUUAGAGAUCCUCUUACCUUCCAACUCGAUUCCCAACGCACAAUUCACCUUGCACACCAGUCUGUUUAGCCAAGUAUUAUCUUACCAGAAAUCUGGAAAACAUAUUGGGGCUGGGGGCGGGGUGGGGAAUGCUGUCCAAAUAAAUAAGCAAGAAGGCAAGCAAAUUGAAUCAAAUGGUCAAGAAUAGAAGGGAGUUAGUUGCAGGAGGGGAGAAAUUUCUUUUUGCUAAAUAGAAGUAAAACGUUUAUGUCCUAGUAAUGGGUGAUCUAAUACACCCUUUUGAAGUUUUCAAGUUGUCUGUCUCACCUUGAGUUCAGCAGGAGAAUAACAUGAAAAAUACUCAAACCAAUGGGAGGGGAUUCAUUGCCAUUUUUCUUAUCCUUCUCUACCAAGAGAGGUUUGUGGAUUUUUUUUUUAAUUUUAGAGUGUGUGUGUGUGUGUGUGUGUGUGUGUGUGUGUGUGUGUGUGUUUUAAAAACUAACCCUUUAAGAGUAAGUGGGAAAAUGGAAAGGUUCUUCCAGGGCUCGUUAAAAACUAGGCUUUUCCUGGUUUUUUACCCUCUCCCCCACCCCCAGUCUACUGGGUUUCUAAACUACAAUCACCAAAUAAAAUUAUUUGAGCAGUUACAGAAUUAAAAGGAAGAAGGAGAUGUGGAAGAGGGAUUAGGGUUAAGAGAAAGAAAGAUCAUAGAAUUGUGUUAUUUCUCCAGACAUUUUGGAAGGCUCCAAAGGUAAUCUUAAAAUAGGCUAAAAAGGAGAAAAUGGCAGUUUCAUACAUGUGUUUGCUUCUCAAUACAGUUCAUGCCCAAAGCUGGGAGCAGGUAUUAAUUAAUUUGAGCUCUUUGGCUGAAAUUAGGCUCCUCUAAAGUUUUUUCCAAGACUUGGUCUUUUGUAUUAAAUCCUGGAGACAACUCUUUGUUCUUCCUUGGGGUGAGCCUGAUUCUCAGACUUGCACAUGGCAAUACUUGAAUAUCUACAUGUCGUGAUAUUAAAGAUGGAUAUUCCUGCAUUAUUCACAUCAUUGUUUCUAUGACAAAAAGCACAGAGUUCAUACAUAGUAAAGACGUCUUUUUUCUGAUGCCUUCACGUUGAGAAGCUGAAAAGGUAUUUUACUGAAGUUCGGCUAAAUUACAGAAACAGGUUCACCCAGAGGACAAAUUUUCUAUUCGAUUAGCUGUAUUUCAGCCGGGAGGACUGACCUCUAAACCCUUAACCUUUUGGACUCUAACUACCCUUCUCUCUCUCUCUCUCUCUCUCUCUCUCUCUCUCUCUCUCUCUCUCUCUCUCUCUCUCUCUCUCUCUCCCCUGACAUGGAGACCAUUUGGAUGUGCCAUUUGUAAAGAUUUUUUCCUUAGACAAAUUGAGCAUGGCUCUCACUAUUCCCUGAAAUUCACAUCCCUGAAUAUAUUGAAGCUUUUCCAUGAAAUGUCUAUUUUGCAUGAUGUCCAGCUACAGAGAGCUUUCCCCCACCCCCUCGGAAGUUCAGGUUACUUAGCCCCAGCUUUCGACCAAAUGUCACAAUUGCUUAACUCAACUCUCCCUUGCUCUGGCUGAGAAAGCACACAAGUAUGUUUUCUUGGAAAAAAGCCAAGACUCCUUCUCUUACUUAGAGCUAAUACUCUGGAAAGUAACUUAAUCAAAGAAGCAACCCCUUUGUUUAUAAGUCUCAAUUUUCCUUGUAUGGCUCAAGUGAUGAGCUUUUGAAAUGUUAAUAUAUAGUGGAUGGAUGUGAGGGCUGACCCAACUCUUAAAUUCAUCUUGGGAUCAAGGGUCCAUUUGGGCUUGCUGGAAGAGGGCCACACUAGGCCAGUGGCCUCAGGAAACCCUCUCUGUGGUUCCAGCCAAAGGGAGCGACAGGAGAGUUCCAUCUGAGUUCCUGUUGAAAGGGAAGCUCGACAAAAAUGAGCUCCAUGGCCCAUUUGCUAUUAUUUUUUUUCCAUUUUGUUCCAGAAAAUAUGAGCCAGAAGUGUUUGUUUUGUUUAUGUUUUUUUUUAAAACUCUGGUGGGGGUGGCUCUGUGACUGAAGGUGGAAGAGGAAUAUUUUCUUGAAGAGACUGCUUCUCAGACAUCCCACUUUGUAAUAUUGCAGCCUUUUGUUAUGACAUCGUCAAGCAACGCUAUGAUAUCUGUCUACAUAAGAUGCUUUUAUAGAAUCUACCAAUGGUUUUGCUGCCACUGAUUAAAGUAUUAUUUAUACUAAUUGUUGCCUGUAGUUUUGAUGUAAUUUGUUCAUAUAUAUUUGAAAUAAUAAAAGGUGUAGAGAAACC